ACCAUCAGCUAUUUACAUAGAACUGCCACCUCAGCCUCAACCAGGACAGUUCAGGUCACAGAAAGGGGAACUGGACUGCAGGCCUGGAAGCCAGCCUGCACAAUGCCUGCCUGGGGGUCCCUGUUCCUGCUCUGGGCUGCCGCAGAAGCCACCAAGGACUGCCCUGCACCAUGCACCUGCCAGGCCCUGGAAACCAUGGGGCUGUGGGUGGACUGCAGGGGCCGAGGGCUCACAUCCAUGCCUGCCCUGCCAGCCCGCACCCGCCACCUCCUGCUGGCCAACAAUAGCCUGCGUUCUGUGCCUCCCGGCGCCUUCGACCACAUGGUCCAGCUGCAGACACUCGACAUGACACAGAACCCCUGGCACUGUGACUGCAGCCUCACCUACCUGCACCUCUGGCUGGAGGACCACACACCAGAGGCCCUGCUGGACGUCCGCUGUGCCAGCCCCAGCUAUGCCGCCCUCCACCCACUGGGCCAGCUCACAGGCUAUGAGCUGGGCAACUGCGGCUGGCAGCUACAGAAACCUUGGGCCUAUCCAUGGGUCUGGUGGGAUGUGGCACUGGUUGUUGUGGUCAUAAUGGGCUUGGCUCUCUUGGCAGGUCUACUGUGUACUGCCAGAGAGCCCCUGCUCCUAGGGUCGUUCUUCAGGCCAAGCGGCCAGGCCUGAGCCCCUGUCCAGACUCCACCAGCCCUGAUCAGCCAGUUCCACCAGUAACUUGAAAUAAACUGGCUGCUCAGCUAUUUUAAUCCAAACUCAGAUAUUUUAUUUUUCCCUCUCAGUACCUUCUGGAAACCUGGGUUCAUUUUUUUUAUUACCAGAUAUCAAUUGGUACUUUUCUGUCCCCCAAGUUCCUAGUAGAAUGGGCUGUCCCACUUCCUUCCAACCAGCCACCUGCAAUUCCACAAUUUGGACAUCCAGAGCCUUUCCCCAGUGCCUGCAGGUCCCAGGACACCAGUUCUCACACCCUCCCUUCUCUAGUAGUACCAGCUUCCCACAUGGACCAUCCUAGGCAGCCCAGGCCAAUUGCACAUCAAAU